GGGUCUUGUGUCCUCUCGCAUGUCCUACCCAAUCGAGCUCGACUGUAUACACAGAUACGUAUCUACACAUCAACACUUUCGCGAGGGGCCCGCUCCUUGCUCGUCGCUCAGGUGAUGGUCCGGCGGAAGAACGGCUUCAUCCUGGAGCGGUACCCCGACUGCCGGCUGCCCCCCGGGCUGACCAUCCUCGACGUCGUGUGCAUGGAGGGGCCGAGGCCCGCCGCCGGGGGCGCUCCGCGCGGGGGCGAGCCGAUGGCGCCGGAGGAGGAGGGCGCGGAGGAGGAGGAGGGCGCCGAAGAAGCGGGCGACCUCGACGUCAACAUGGGCGGGGGCGGCAGGGGUGGCAGCAGAGGCCAGGCCGCGGGCCGGGGCGGGCGGCGGCGCCGCCCGGUGGGCGACAGGAAGUACGCCGUGAUGGACGUGCUGGUGUGGGGCGACCAGGACCUGGCGGGGGCCGAGGCCGAGUGCAGGAUGUUCUGGCUGGCGUCGCGCUUCUCGGAGCUGCGGGAGCAGGUUCCGCGGCGCGCGCGGCCGCUCAUGCUGGUCCCGGCGACCCCCGCGUCUCCCGAGGCGCUGCAGCACGCCUACCACUCGGACGCAGGCUACCCGAAGGACUCCCUGCUGUUCCUGCACCGCGCGGGGCACUACAGCGUGUCCGAGGCGGUGACGCCCCUGGUGCUGCUGUGGCGGGACCGCCAAUCAGCCGCUUCGUCGUCGACACGCCCGACGAGAAGGGCGAGGUGCUGCCCGAGCGGCAGGCGGUGGUGCUGGAGGUGCGCGGCGGAGGCCAGCUGCGCACCGCCGACCGCACAGUCGUCGCCCAGCUCGGCGAGGAGCAGCUCGCCGAGGUGGGCAGGCUGGUGCAGGCCAAGAGCCUCAGGCAGAAGGCCCUCCUACGGUGCGAGGUGCAGGGCGUGGACCUCGCCGCGCGCCGGCUCGGCGGCGCCCGGCCCGUGGCCCACGUCACGGCCAAGUCGCGGGUCUGGGCCGACUCGUGGGGCCGCAUCGCUUUCCAGCACCUGCACAGGACAGGCCAGGCGGCCGCCGUCUCGUUCGACGUCGUCAUGAGGGCUGCCGCCGGGGGGGCGGCGGCUCCCAAGUGAUCGUGGCCCCCUCCCCCCCUCCCCCUCGGGGGACGCCUGGAGGCCAGAGCCGCCGAUGUCCGACGGGCUCGGAGCCCCCUCGGCCUCCUCCUGCGGCCCCCCCGCGGCCCCCGCGGGGCCCGGGGUGCCCCGGCGAGGCACCCGCGCGGUCGCGCCUCCUGCAGGUGUAGGGCCCUGCAUCUCAGAGCCGUUUUGGGGGGGUAGCGGGCGGGCGCGGAAAU